AUGGCGAGCGGCGGCGGUUGGGGCGUCCCGGCGGCGGCGGCGGCUGCGGGCGGGGAGGCGGCGUCGCUGCCCACGCCGCCGCCCGGUGGCUGCGAGGCGGAGGCGUCGGAGGCGGAGGUGGCGGCGGCGUCGGUGGCGGCGCUGGCCGGCCGGCUGAGGCGGCGCCUGAGGGGCUGGGAGGCGUCGUUGGCCGCCGUGCAGCGGCUGCUGGUGUGGGAGAGGCCGCCGCAGAGCCUGGCCGGCGCCGCCGCCCUCGGGGCCGCGCUGUGGUUGUUUUCUUCUACUUCACUGCGUCCCUUAUUCCUCUUGAGCGUUGCCCUCAUUGGCUUUCUGCUGUUGGAGAGAUGGAAGCCUCGUUUCCUGCUGGAUUUCUCAGCACAGCCCUUGCAGGAGCCUGGAGGAGACAGUUACAGCGAGAUGACAGGAGCACAGCCUCACUUGUUGAGUGUCCCAGAGCUCUGUCAUUGCUUGGCUGAGAGCUGGAUUACAUUCAGGCUAUACCUGCAGGAUCUGUUACAGUACAAGAGGCAGAAUCCCACCAAGUUCUGUGCCAGGGUCUGCUCAGCAUGCUUGAUUUUGGCUGUAGUGGGACACUAUGUUCCAGGAAUCAUGAUCUCCUACAUCGUCUUGCUCAGCAUCUUGUUGUGGCCGCUGGUGGUGUAUCAUGAGCUUAUUCAGAGAAUGUACACCCGUUUGGAGCCCAUCCUGAUGAAACUAGACUACAGCAUGAAGGUGGAGACUUUGCAUCUUAAACAUGAAAAGAAAAAGCGUCAAAGAAAGAAUGAGCCAGAAGCUGGCAGUGAGCCAAUGGCAGAGACAGAAAGUGAGAGUGAAGCAGAACUGUCUGGUCAUUCCCCAGUGGUAGAUGUGAAGAAGACGGCCCUGGCCCUGGCAAUUACAGACUCUGAACUUUCAGAUGAGGAAGCUUCCAUCCUGGAGAGCGGAGGCUUCACUGUCUCCAGAGCCACCACACCGCAACUGACCGAUGUGUCUGAAGAUCUGGAUCAGCAGAGUCUGCCCAGUGAGCCAGAAGAAUCCUUCGCCAAGGAUCUGGCAGAGUUUCCCUCUGUGGAAGAAUUCCAUUCCAGAGACUUGCAACCACCUAUUGAGGAAGACAGCUUUGCCGUGCCUGCCCAAGCUGCUGAUCAGCUGGACUCCGUUGAGGCAGCAGCAGUUGGGAGUUCGGACACAUCUGUCCUGUGCCUGGCCUCACCCCUGCACUUUGUAAAUACACACUUCAAUGGAAAUGGGCAGGCAAUGGUGGGAGGAGCUACCAAGCCCCUGACUGUCUCUGCACAGGGUCUGGGGGUACGCAUUGAUUCGCUGAGCCAAGAGAUAGUCACCACAGCCAUCAACACAGUGGUGCAGAACACCUUGUCAGCUCUGCUCCACUCCUCUGAGGACAGUGAGGGGCCUUCUCUGUCUGAGUUCCUGCCCACUGAGGCAGAGGAGAGACUGAGCUUCCAAGCGCAACUGUCUGAGAGCGAGGAGGUGGGGGCAGCCUCUCUGCCAGAGGAAGAGGAAGAAGCUGACGACUUCGAGCUGCUUGAUCAGAGGGAGCUGGAGCAGAUAGAUGCAGAGCUAGGCCUUGCUGAAGAGGCAGAUGCUCCAAUGCAGUCCUCUGGCCCCCGUGAAGAGGGGUCAUUGUCCGGCCCCUAG